UUAUGAGAAGCUUUAAACAACGGACAAACCUUCUUCACUCAAAAUUUAUAAAAUCUCCAUUAUUGUCUUUAGUACGUAGGUUAGGUUAUAUUUCAAAGGUAUAAAUCGUGCACAUGCGCAGAGGCUUUACACGGGCGGAGGGGUGCUGUAGGUGUCAGAAAACACGUGUCGGGGCAGUGCCGUAUUUACAUUAUUAUUAAAGCCUUAAAAAAACUCAUUUACAACAAUGACACUGGAAACUUUUGACGGAGAUGUUCAGCAAUUGAAUAACUUAAAAGCGGGAAUCAUCGACUUCGUAGCUGGAUCCCUUGGUGGGACAGCAUUAGUAUAUGUGGGACAACCAUUAGAUACUGUUAAGGUGAAAAUGCAAACCUUCCCUUCUAUGUACAAGGGAAUGGUAAAUUGUUUCACAACAACAUUAAAGUCUGAUGGUAUAGCUAAAGGAUUAUACGCAGGAACUGUUCCUGCACUUGUAGCUAAUGUUGCUGAGAAUUCGGUUCUUUUUGCUGCUUAUGGCGGAUGCCAAAAGGCUGUUGCUCACUUAACAGGAGUAAGAAGUGUGGAGGACUUGAGCUCACUGGGGAAUGCUACAGCUGGUUUCUUCGCUGCUUUUUUCUCAUCUCUAACAUUAUGUCCAACUGAAUUGAUAAAGUGUCAGUUACAGGCAAUGAGAGAAGUUCAAGUUCAAAGGACAAUAUCUGGUGGAUCUAUAAAUUUUAUUGGUCCAUGGGAACUGACACGGCAGAUCAUGCGUAGAGAUGGAUUCACUGGUUUAUUUAGAGGUCUGACAUCAACAAUUGCCAGAGAAAUGCCUGGGUAUUUUUUCUUUUUUGGUGGCUAUGAAGGUACAAGGCAGUUGCUCACAAAGCCAGGUCAGAGUAAAGAGGACAUUGGUUGGCAAAAAACAAUGGUAGCUGGAGCUGUAGGUGGUACAGUGUUAUGGCUGGUGAUAUUCCCAGCUGAUGUGGUUAAAAGUAGAAUUCAGGUGCAAAAUUUAAGAGCACCUGCUCUUGUUAUAAUGAAAGACAUAAUUAGGACUGAAGGUGUUGGAGCACUUUACAAUGGAUUAAAACCAACCCUAAUACGGACAAUACCCGCUACUGCCACAUUAUUCGUAACAUACGAAUACACAAAAAAAGUUAUGAACGAUUUAUUUAACAAUUGAUGUAAUUUAUCUUUAUUCAGUUCUUUCAGCAUCAUAUGAUAUAUUUAAAGUUUCAUUUCACUGUUGAAAAAACAAGAGGUAGGACAAGUAAGACAAUAAUUGAAACUUUAAAGGUAUUUUUUUACACAAUGUUUGUAUUUCCAGAAAUAUAAUGAAAAAACAAACUUUUAUUGUUUCUAGAACAAUACCAUUCAAUAUAGUGUAGUAAUGGAAAUCUAUGCAGUACAUUAAAGAAACUUUCAACGUAAUUUAAA